CCGGCGGGCGCGAAGGAGGACAGCUACUCGUUCCUGCCUUUGGUCCACAACAUCAUCAAAUGCAUGGACAAGGACAGCCCGGACAUCCACCAUGACCUCAACGCCCUCAAGACCAAGUUCCAGGAGAUACGCAAGGUCAUCAGCACCAUGCCCGGCAUCCACCUGAGCCCCGAGCAGCAGCAGCAACAGCUGCACAGCCUCCGGGAGCAAGUCAGGACCAAGAACGAACUUCUGCAGAAGUACAAGAGCCUCUGCAUGUUUGAGAUCCCCAAGGAGUAGAUGAGGCCGCCGCAUCCAGGAUGCCCAAGAAAGCAUGGGAGAGCAAGUGGCCCGGAUUGGUUCCUUAUGAAGUGUGGUUCUUUGGACCCCAGCUCUGAACGUUAUAGCCGAGUGGCGGGAAGGCUAUUGUGCUGCUUCCUCAGCUGAACUUGACGUUGACUGUGGGAGGGGUGGCCUGGAGCUCGGAGUGGCUGGGGCUUCCUUCCAUGUGCCCGCGUGUCUCAAUGCGUAACAGCUGGAGUGCCUGCCGGUGGGAAGAAGAGGGUCCUGCCCUGCCUCUGGGGAGGGGCCACCUCCGCUUUGCUUCCUGCCUCCCUCUCUCUUCCCCCGAGACAUGAUCAGUGUGUGCCAGGGCCACAGCAUUCUGUUAACAGCAGUGCUGUGUCGCCUUUGCACAAAGUUCACGGGACAGAUGAGGCCUGGGCUCGUGUGGCGUGGGCUUAACAUGGUGAAGGAAGGCUGGGAGAAAGCAGUUUUAAAAGACGUUUUCUCCUGAAACUCUUUCCUUUUAUGUUUGAGCCAGUGAGUGUAACUGUCCGUGGGGGGUCGGCCAGCUGCCUGCCGGUGGCCCCUUGUCAGGUUCUCUGCCACCUACAUGCUCUUUUCACUUUCAGCUCUUGCUCCCUUUGUCUCCUGUCAUCUGCGGGCAUCUCGUUUAGCCAUUUAAUGCCCAAGAGUGGCCAAACCACUUCAGACCUGGGGCUGGGGCGAGUGUCGCUUCUACGCAGGCACAGGCGGGCUUCCGGCAAACAGCCGGCCUCUUCCAGCCUCUCAGAUUUCGUGGUCUUGGUUUAAAAGUUUAUUUCUCUCUCUGGCCUUGCUAAAGCCAGCACGAACAUUACUGAGCUGCAGGCAGGUCAUGAUGGACUUUUUGUUCAGAAGGGCGGCUCGGUGACAGAUGUGACCGUCCCUGGGCCAGGUACAGUUCUGAAGGGUGGGGCGCUCUAAACCCAAAGUUCAGCAGCUAAGUUCUGGUUCAUGAAAUGUUUACAAACACCCUACUUUCCUGCAGGUGGGACGUUUUAUUUUCAUGCGCGUCCCUGGCCUCUUAAAGGAUAAGGUGAGACUAGUAACCAAAUAUUACUUGAAUCUAGAAAUGAGUGCGUAACCUAUGCUGACAAUUCUGGGCUUACCAGCUGCCUGCUGCUGACCUGGCUGGCAGGUGCUGACGGUGGAGAUAUUUUUAGCAGGGCUUCGCUGGGGCCCUGCAGCCACCUGCCAGAGAGGGCGGGGCGGGGCGGGGCGGGUCUGUGGCGGGAUCCGGUUUCUGUGGCUCUGCACUGAGGUGGGUAGUACCUGUGAGACUUCUACGGUGGGGCUCUGCUUUAACUGAAUCAGUUAUUUUCUUGAACUUUCAGAGCAGUGUGGGGCCAGCUGUAAGGCUCUGACCAAAUACCAUGAAGCACGGAGCAUAUGGGGCGCAGCGUCCCGGGCGUCGUGGUUGUCAGGAGCGUCAUUAAAAGCACUUUGCUCUGCUCUCAGGACAUCUUGGUUUUUGUACUGAGAAGUUCAUAACAGGAUGUCUCCUGGGCACUGGAUAUGUUCCCUUUGCUUAGAGAAGACAGGGGUAACCUCCACUCCGCACCCCUCCCCCCAGCACACGUUACAGUGUGGAAGCGGCAACUCCUGCUGCCUGGAGGGUCAUCCUGCCCGCCCGUGAUGGGCCCAAGGCCACCCCUCAUUCCAUAAGGGGUUCAGUCCCGGCAGGGAGCAGCCCUCACCAGAGCGAGGUGGCAGUACCUCCCCCGGGACAGUAUCGAAUUCCCCUGACUGGCCGAACACCCCCACCGGGGAUCAUGAUUUGGAUUAUUGGGUGGCUGGCACUUUUUAUUUCUUUAAAGAUUUUUAAAAAUUAAUUUGAGAGAGAGGGAGAAACAUCGAUGUUCUGCUCUCAGCUCUCACAUGGAUGGGCCACCUCCCGCAGGCCCUCCCCCCCACCGGGGAUCAAGCCCGCAACCUGGGCCUGGGCCCUGACCGCAGAUUGCAGCAGCGACCUUUUGGUGCACAGGAUGGGACGACAUCCAACCAACAGCCACAGCGGCUUAAACAUCACACUUAAUUCUCACAGCAACUCCACGCAAAGGGCAUUCUCUGUUUUUUCCUGGCACAGAAUUCGGGGCUUGGCAGGUGUCGCUGCCCCAGGCUCGAACAGUUAAGAGGGGUCCUGAGCUGAGAGUGGCUGCCUCUGCUCCUGAGGAAAGGAGCCAGCAGCGAAGCGCGCCGGACCCCUGCCCAGGGCAAACACAGGCCGGGCUCCACCUCCUUGUGAACGCUGGGCCCAGUGACACCUCCAGACCUCCGUCCCCCGGGGCCUGCCCUGAGUAUUGGACAAUUGGGCACAGCCCCAGGGGCCCUUUGUGGCUGGGUCUCGGGGAAGCUAAGCAGGUAAAUGGCUAGACAGGUGCAUCUCAAGAGAGGACUUUGAAAUCCUUUCUUGGCCUCGAUUUCAAAGGACCCAUUCCCCAAAUAGAAGGGCUUCCGCCCAGCCAUCCGGAACUUUCCUAGAGCCUCUUCCCCCGGAGCGCUGAGGCUGCUCAGAACGCUGGUGCGUUUUCCAGGGCUGGGAAGGGAGCCUCAGCCACCACUAGAAGCCCACUCCUCCCUCUCACCCUGCCCCUCGGCCCAUUUAUAAAAGCAAAGA